AUGUCGGAGGCUACACUGACCAUCACUCCUAUGAUUCUCAAUAACAAGCUUAGUCGCGAUGACGGAAAACUGCUAGAAAAUGCUCAAGAAUUUCGAAGCAUGGUCAAAGCGUUGUCGUAUGUCUGCCACACGAUAUCAGAUAUCAUCUACAGUGUGAGCAAGGUAGCUCAAUUCAUGCAUGAGCCACCUGAGUGUCAUUUGUUGGCUACCAAACGAAUCUUGCAAUACAUGUCUAGAACUGCGGAGUAUGGGUUGGGCCAUUGUGUGCUGGUUGGUGAUAAUAUGGUGUCGUGGAAUGAGCAGAAGGUUGUCUUGAGGUCAACCAUUGAGGAGGAAUACAGUAGCUUAGUUGAUGCUGCUCCAGAAGUUGCUUGGGUUGAUGCGUGUUUGACCGAUCUUGGAGUGGUUUGGCAUGAGAAGCCCAUCAUCUGGCGCGACAAUACCAAUAUUAAUGAGGAGGCGAGUGAGAAAGUUUUAGAAGUGGAGCAGAAGUACAAUGAAAUACGCAAGCCAAUCUAUGAUAAGCGGAAUGAGAAGAUUAAGGAUUUUCCCCUUAAAUCUGUCUCCAUGUUGAGAAGAAGGAUUUCAGUUGAUUUGUUCUUUUAUGUACAAUUUUUGAGUCAUCCUGCUCUUGGUGAACUUUUGAAUGACGAGGAUCAGAAGAUAUUUAAGUAUAUUAGCUCACUUGAAGUGGAAGAUUUUAAAGAUUUGAAAUCUGGCUACUCCAUUACAUUUAACUUCGAUCCCAAUCCAUACUUUGAAGAUGCGAACCUUACGAAGACCUUUACCUUCCUUGAUGAAGGAACCAAGAUUACUGCUACCAAAAUCAAGUGGAAAGAAGGCAUGGACUUGCCAAAUGGAGUUGACCAUGAGAAGAAAGGAAACAAGCGACAGUUUGCUGAAGAAAGCUUCUUUACCUGGUUUUCUGAUGCUCAGCAGAAAGAUGACAUGGAUGAAAUUCAUGAUGAGGUAGCAGAGAUUAUCAAGGAUGAUUUAUGGCCCAAUCCCCUCACAUAUUUCAAUAAUGAUGCUGAUGAAGAAGAUUUUGAGGAUGAUGAAGAGCUACAUCAUCUUUUGCCUUCUUUUUUCUUUCAAUUACUAAAUUCAUAA